AUGUCGUACAUUUCACAGAUGCCACUGAUGCGCGCUCGAGCCGCAGAUGACGGUAUUGCAGUCAAUGAAAUAUUGAAGUACUAUCGAGUAUCUCUCCUCCGCGCGCAGGUCAGACUUGACCUCGACCUAGAUGGUCAGCAGUAUGUUGCUGAGCACCAGACUUGGGCUUCGUAUUGGCCCGGAGAGGUGUUUCCAGGUGUUGAUCCUCGAAGUCAGGUCCAGGCUACAACACCCGCUGCAGCCAGCCCAGCAACAUUUCCUGCUGAUGUGGUUGCUCAGCCAGAGGUUACGAUCAGCUCUACAAUAAUGAAGGAGAUUUCUAUGCAGUCUAGUCCACGUAUCCAGCUAAAUAAUGAGUCUCAACCUGCGACCCCAAAUACAACGCAAUCCUCGAUAGACGCCAAUGGAGGCCAUAAUCGCAACAUUGAAGACGAGGAGGAGCUCGCCAAGGGUCAACAUAGCCACAAGGAAAACCGGCACCAGGGAAGAAGCAGAGAACAGCCAUCGAAAGACAGAAGAAACACAGACGAUGAUUGCUCAACACACAUGUCCACAUCUCCAUCUACCCCUGCAAAUAAAUGUGCUCUGAAUUCCGAAACCGUAAUCUGCGGCAACUGUUCACAAGCCGGCCACUCCCUCGCAGACUGCACCUACAACAUCGACGAAUACGGCUACCUCAACGGCUGUCCACGAUGUAACACCCUCCAACACAACUACGCCGACUGCCCCUGCCCAAAGCUCCCCCACGACGACUACCACUACCUGAUCACCAAACGCCACGGCAAACCACCUCUCAGAUGCCGCUGGGACUUUCGACUCGGAUAUUGGAAGGAGUUCAAGGAUUGUGUGUAUCAGGAUGAUACGAACGCGAUGCGUCCGCAGACUGCGGCGUUUGCGAAGGAGAGGAGGGAUAGGGGGGUAGUGCAGAGCUGGAAUGAGAUUGUGCUUGAUCCUAUUUGGUAUGGGAGGACGGAUUGGACGACGAAUGUGGGUAAGAUGGUUCAUCCGUUGGAUAGGGAGCUGGUGGGUCCGUAUAGGAGGCAGGUUGUGGAUUUGAGUGGUGAUGAGGAUGGGGUUGUUGGUGGUGGGUGUGGCUCGGGAAAAUGGAAGGGGAAGAGAGCUGCUGCGGAGGGGGGAGUUGAUGAGUAUGGGAGACUGAGGGGAGAGGAGACGCACGGUGUGUCCGCAGUCGAUGGAUCAGUUCAAGAACUUCAGCGAGGCUCUAAUGGAGAUGGGGAAAUGCAGAAAGAACCGCAGAAAUCUACGAUGAAGCCUUGGUCGAGGUAUAGUCGAGGACCAGUCUGCCUGGAUGAGAGAUCAUGGAAGAAGAGACGACUCGAGGAUCAAUCGAUGGAUCAACAAAACCAAGGUGGACUAGUCCAUCAGCCGAAUUCAGGUCAUGGCAGCCACGAAGGUCGACAUCAUGAUAAGCCGCAAGUACCAAAACUUGAUUAUCAGCAGCAGAGAGCACGAUCUAACCAUGGAAGUAUCUCAUCUCAUUCUCCAACACCAGGUCAUCAAGCCGUAAACGGCUACAAUAAUGGUCAAACUCACCACCCGAUUCCUCCUCAAAUGGCAGGUCCGCAAGACUCCCAGCAAAGAUUCGGUGGUCCAUUCACCAACAACAACAAUCCAUCCCCACCAAUCGGCCCACGGCGACACGUCCUACCAAAUGGCAUGACCUCACGAGAAUACGGAAGACAAAAAGCCAACGAAGCUCGUGCUAAGCUGGGACCUUUACCUGGCUGGAAACCUCGCAAUACAUAUAUGAGAAGCGAGACUGGCAAUGGUUAUACGAAGUUCUCGCAGAAUAACGUCAGGGGAGGGUUUCAGCGCCAACAGCAGAAUGAAGCUCAGCAAAGGAUGAAUGGAAGAUUUCAUGAUGGCAGACAAGGAGGGGGAAGAGGCAAUUUCAAUUAUCAGGAUGAUAGGUUCCCAAAAGGUCCUCAGAAAAUGAUGCAGAGAAUGUUCGAUUUUAGAGCUGAUGCCUUGCCUCCUGCUCAGUCGAUGGGUCGUUCGGGUAUGCAAGUCAAUUCCAAUGGCUUCCGUGUUCAGCAGGGUGUUGGAGGUACUCCUCCAGGAGUUCCUGACGGUCCUAUCAGUGCGAGAAUUGGCGAUAUCAUUGCUUCGCGAGGUCAAAGUCAAGGUCACAAGAAAGGUUAUCCAAGACAGAGUAUCCAAAGUGGUGGGCAGGGGAAUCAACAGUUCAAGGCUUCAAUAGGACAUGGGUCCGGACCGCAUCAGGCACAGGCACCACAAGUACAGCAAGACGGAUACCAGGUCAAGGGUAAUGCGGCAGGUCAAGGUCUACCUCCUCCUGGUUGGGAUACCGGAGGAUAUUGUGUGAAUUGCAGAUCGCAGGGACAUGUUAUUGAGGAGUGUGAGGGGAAUUGUGGGUUAUGUCGUGGUGGGGGACAUAUGGCUAGGGAUUGUCGGUUCUUUGGUCUGGGGGCGAGGUAG